UGACUGACGUUUUGAUGAACUUUGUAAAUUGCUUGCUAUUGGCUAUUGGGAUCGAAAACCGAAGAAAGUCAGAAUUUCUUCCUGACUUUAUACUAAUUUUAUUCUAUUGAAAAAAUAAAGCCAGGAAGAACCAUGUCCUUUGCGAAGACUAAUAUGCUGGUGCGCUCCUUGAGCACAUCGGCGGCUGCAGCUCAAAUGGUUAAGCCUCCUGUACAAGUAUUUGGUUUAGAAGGCAGAUAUGCAUCAGCUUUAUAUUCAGCUGCAUCGAAAAGUAAAGCUUUGGACGUUGUGGAAAAAGAGCUUAUCCAGUUCCAGCAAAGUAUCAAGUCUGAUGCUAAAUUGAAGGAAUUUAUCCUUAAUCCCACCUUGAAGAGAAGUUUCAAGGCGGACGCACUUAAAACAGUCGCCACUAAGAUAAACUUCUCACCCACUACAAGCAACUUGCUUGCACUCCUUGCUGAGAAUGGUCGUCUGCAGAAGUUGGAGGGUGUUAUCAAUGCAUACAAGAUCAUGAUGUCUGCUCACCGUGGCGAAGUCACUUGUGAAGUCAUCACUGCCAAACCCUUGGAUGCAGCUCAGAAACAAAGCCUCGAAGCUGCUUUGAAGAAAUUCCUGAAGGGUAAUGAAACUUUGCAACUGACAUCCAAGGUAGACCCAGCUCUCCUUGGUGGCAUGGUUGUCUCCAUUGGUGACAAAUAUGUGGACAUGAGCGUCGCCAGCAAAGUGAAGAAGUACACAGAACUUAUCAGCGCAGCUGUUUAAAAAUAAUCAUGUUACAUUAAGUAAUUCAUGUUAUACUUUGUAUCAAUAGUAGAAAGUGCUUCAGACCUUAGUAAGGAUUACAUUACUGAUAAGCUA